AAUUGUUGUGAUAAACUUAUUAAAUAGAUCUUCUAUUUUGUGACCGAAAGAACAAAUUGCAAGGAAUGAGCACACCACAUCAAUCCACAACGCGGCGGUCAGGCGGACGUCGCGAGAGACCAAGUAUGGGAGGCUCCGGCACCAGUGAAAACUACGAAUACCGAAGCAGGUCUCCUCUCAGUCCCGCGAGAGAAGUGAGAAUGCGGGAGAGACAAGAGAUUCAAGGCCUCAAUUCGAGACUUGCGGGCUAUAUUGACAGAGUCAGAAAACUUGAAACCGAAAAUGAUGCACUUAGGAUUAAAAUUUCGCGUAGUGAGCAGUCGACAACGCAUGAGCGCACUCAAGUGCGUCAGUUGUUCGAAGAGGAAUUAGUCACAUUGCGAACAGAGAAUGAGAGCCUGGUCACAGAGAAAGCCUUCUUCAAAACUGAAAACGACAAAAUGAAAGCGAAGCUCCAAGAAGUUACACCUAGAUUGAAAGACCUAGAGGCAUCUAAUGAGGAUCUCAAGAAUGAAAACCAAGACUUGAAGAAAGAUUUGGCCGACGCUGAGUCAGCUACUUUUAAGGCAAACAAGGACAUUGAUGUAUUGACAAACGAGCUAGCCGACCUUGUGCGAACGCUGGAUGAGUUGAAAAAACAGUUGAAAUCUGCCCAAGACCAACUAGAGUUUGAAGUGAAUAGACGAACUGAGGCAGAAGCCCGGCUAGAGUCCCUCAACAAAAAAGUGUCAUUUGAGAAGAACAUAUUCGAGCAGACGUUGCAAGAGAGGACGCACGUGAAGGUGACGGAGAUCGAGGAGAUAGAAAGGAGGAAGAACCUGGAGACAGAUGCGAGGGUGCAGCAACUCCUGCAGGACAUCCGAAUGCAACACGAGGACAGAAUAGACGACUACAUCAGGGAGAAGGAGGAGUUAUACCAUCAAAAGGUUGCAAAUAUGAAGGAACAGAACAAGGAGAGAGACCGAGAACUAAUUCAGAAGACACAGCUUCUGAUAGACCUGCAGCACGAGAUCGCCAGCUUGCACAAUGAAGUACUGAAGCUCAACGACUUGCUACGAGACAGAGACGCCAGAGUAGGAGAGCUGGAACAGGAAAAGAAAGAUAUGAAAGCCAGAAUGCAGGAUAGAGAGAAUGAGAAGAAGGAUGAGUUGGACAAGCUGAAGGACAUUCUCACGAAGCAGUGCGACGAGUAUCAGAAUCUUCUAGACGAGAAGCUCAGUUUGGACCUAGAGAUCUCUGCAUAUAGGAAGAUGUUGGAGAGCGAGGAACAGAGAAUGAACAUCUCUCCAUCUCCUGGGCGCAAACGCAGCAGGCGUGACGAGGCAGGAGAAGGUACCUCUACCAGAAGUAAGCGCCGGAAGAUGAGAACGGACGAGUUUUUUACAAGCGAAGUGGUACAGUCCACUAAACUGAUCGGAUUAGAAAUCAUAGAGGCAGAUCCACGUGGACAUCUGGUAGCCUUGCAAAACCAUACAGCGCAGGAGAUCGUCUUGGAGAACUAUGAGGUCCGGAGGGUGAUGGGAGAGACUAUAGCCAGCUUCUACUUCCCGGGAGAGAUUACAAUCCUUCCGAAUGCAAUCACCACCGUACAUAGUUGUUGUAGCGAGGCAGCGGUGAGUGAGCCGCCCGAAAAUUUAAUAGCCGAGGACGUGCAACAGUGGCCGGUAGGGGAGGAAUACGUGACAUACCUCUACAACCCAGACGGACAGGAAGUAGCCAGUCGCCACUGUCGGAGGCGAGUAACACAGGAAGAGCAGUUUACUCUGGAUGAUACGACCCAAGAGAGAUGUGUCAUAGUAUAGUCGAUGGUCUUGGCUAAGUUCAGAAAUUGAAAAAAGUCAACUAAGAAGCCAAAAAAAGAAGAGAAAUGCAGAAAAACAACUUAAUUGAAGCGUGCCUUCUUCGCUGUGUAUGUAAACGUGUUCGAAUUUGAGUCGAGUAACAAAUGCAACUAUGCUGUACCAUAAAUUUUUCAUACCGAUGAAAGUAUGGAAACCAUGAAAUUUACCAUUUGAAGUUAUCAUACUAGAAAGUCACGUGAGCUAAAAGCCGCCGUCAAACUGAACGUUGUAUAAUGAAUCUGCUCUGUUAAUAGGCUCCCGCAUUAUAAUUGUCAUCACACAUAUACGUACUCAAUUUAAGUACUCCAAAACUGAACUUUAGCUUUGCUUUGCCACUUGUCGUUUUGCGUUCCUUGUAAAUCGUCCCUUGUCUUGCUCAUAUCAUGAAUAGAUGAAAAGUCAAGGUCAUUCAUGUGGUAUUUCAUCAUUACGGAAAAUUGUUAUCCGAUUAUUUGAUAUUGGUCUUUAAUGUGCAGUUAUUUAUACUACAUAUUUUUCGGGCCUUCAAUCCCCCCCCCCUCCUCCCACCACUGCCAUUUCUUUUAUUUUUAAUCUUUGUUCACAUGAUAUUAAUUUUCAUGAAAUCAAAUUUUAAGUUUAUUACUGAAUUGUCGGCAAAUUUGUCUGUAAUUCCAAACUUGUACACCCGAUUUUUUACACCAUAAAAGUGCAUCUGUAGGGGGUGGGAGCGUUGAAGAGCUCAUUCUUCUUUUCUUCUUUUGAUUAUAUUAUGAUUAUGAUUGAGAUCUCUGGGAUAUAUUGUUUGAUUUGAUGCAUUUUGUGUAAAGAACUCACCUGAGAUUGUUUAUUUGUAUGUAAACUGAUUGAACUAACGCUGAUGCUGAAGUCUCGUAAACACAAGCUCGGUCAACUCACGAACCUUAUUAAAAUCAAUACGCAUUCUUUCGCUUACAGUUUUCGAUUUUAAUGUGGACCAUUUUGUGAUUAUGUGAAUCAGUGUGACUCAACUUGUGUAGCUCAGAGCUGAUAAGUUUCUGACUGAUCAUGGAGACUCUGACUUCUAUUGUGUGUCAAAUUUUGUGCCAACAAUCAGUUUAAAAUUGCUACAUAUAUUGCCACA